AUGAACAUUUUUCGGUUUUGCGGGGACAUGCUCCACUUGUUGAGCAUCCUUCUCCUCGUCCUCAAACUGCAGAAGUCGAAGAGCUGUAUUGGUAUAUCGUGUAAGAUGCAAGAGAUGUACGCCAUGGUCUUCAUCUUCCGAUACAUCGACCUCCUCUGGCUCUACGUGAGCCUUUAUAAUAGUGUGAUGAAAUUGGUCUUCAUUACUCUUACAUUGCAUCUGGUUUACACUAUGAAAUUCAAACGAGGACCUGUUAAACAGACGUAUGAUGCUGCUGCUGAUAACUUCAACUAUGUCAAGUGGCUGCUUCCUCCGUGUUUCAUCCUUACUCUCAUCACUACUGCUGACUACUCUAUUGCUGAG